CCAUAGUAGUGAUCGCGAGACUAGCCAUCGACAAAGGUGGCGGUGCGGGUGCGCUCUGUGAUAUAGAGUUGAAAACCGAUUCGGUGUCCCUGAAAGUGUCAUUAGUGCACGCGGUCAGCAGAGACAUCAGCUGCAGGUGAGCAGUCUGGUUCUGCCGUGUUCGGUUUUCAAACGGCAACUCGGCAACAAGUCUCUCGGGAAACCACGUAGAGGACGCAAAGGUGGCUUGCUUAGUAGUGUACUCUCGCUGGAUACGUGUGGAAUUCCUCAGGCGGUGUAACGUCGCAAGUGAUUCGGCGCUAGUCUGCCUGAAUGAAAGUGCUCAUAGUGGUAUCCGAGAUCUAGUAACGAAAUUAAAUUUGAUUCGAGGAAGGUGCAGUCGGAGGAAAACCUGAGGAAUAUAUGUAAAACAUGUAAUUGGCUUCUAUGCCGACGCCGCUACUGCCGUCGUUCCAAUGUUACUUUUAUCUACGGUGAUUGCGCUUUCGAGCGUUAAGUGUUCGACGAGGGUUCUAUGUGUUCGUCGCGGUGCCCCGAGGCAUAUUUCGCUCUAGUGAGUUUCAUUAGUAAUCCGCACAAACGUCAGAAAUUGUGGUUUGCGUCGGCGGGACUUGAUACGGGUGCAAUCAUAUUAAUAACUAUCAAACCGCUCGAAAGCUCGGAUGCACAAAUGGAAUCAGCGAUUGAACAGAUGGUGAGUCGGAAUGUACUGAAUUAGUUAGUUCUGACAAAGAGAUCUUUUGUAAUCGGAUGAAUAUACGUUUCAAGUGCUUGUUGUCCGUAAUAAUCGAAACUCUCGGUAUGAACAAGUGAUUUUAAGUGCGCCUACAACACUCAACGCCUAAUUACAACGUGUGAGUGUACGAAUACAAACAUCUGUGAUAAAUCGAUAUUUCUGGUGGUAGAAAAAUCGUGUCGACUGAAGUCCUGAUGGCUUACCUAUCGGAUGUAGACCUAGCAACUUUACACAGAUCCCGACUGGAGGAGCGCGUACACUAUAAACUGUCCUCCUGGCAUCGAUCUGCGACGGUUGACGUCAGUAAGGCUUCCGCCCAGAGUAAACCAACUAGAAUAGCGUCAACGAAUUCGGUCGGCACUAGUUCCCUGUCCAGCAGCUCCGGCACAAUGGAUGACAUAAUCAAUAAUAACAAACUUGAACCGGUUUACUUGGCCGGGACUCGAACCGAACAGCAUCAACAGCAAAGAAUUUCCGUCGGUACCUGCAACGUAAACACUUCAGUGCUCCUCGACGAGGCUAGAAAAGUGACGUCAAACCGUCGGAACGCAACCGGCUGGCAUCAGUCGAAUGUACAUGUGAUAAAACGCCGCAGUCGGAAUAGCAACAGUUGUUCCAGCACCGGGACCAGUGCUAGCAGUAAUGGAACGGCCGGUAACAGCUAUAAACACGUUGAGUGGAGCGAUGAGGACUACCUCAACGAUGAUGGGUACUUUUCGUCCGAAACGCGCCGUCGGAGGUCGGGAACGUGGCCGCGAACACGAAGUUUGAACGCACCUUCACCAUUCCAACAGUUUGGACCAUGUGGUCGGAUAAUGAAAAAUUCUGCCAUGGUGAUGCAAAUUCAGGAUCCUGCCAGUCAGCGACUGACCUGGUACAAGCCACCGUUGGCAGUGUUGGUUAUAAAAAAGGUUCGUGAUUCGAAGGUGCUACAGCCGUUUGUGGAGCUGGUCGAGUGGCUCAUCCAGGAGAAGCACAUGGUCGUUUGGGUCGAGGGAGCCAUCCUGGACGAUCCGCUGUUGACGGGGGACAAACGUUUCACCAAGAUCCAGGACAAGCUGAUUACGUUUAAAGACGGUCGGGAUGAUCUGACGGACAAGAUUGAUUUCAUUAUUUGUCUUGGCGGUGACGGAACGCUUCUGUAUGCAUCGCUCCUCUUUCAGAAGUCGGUUCCGCCGGUGAUGGCAUUCCAUUUGGGUUCGUUAGGGUUUUUGACUCCGUUCCAGUUCAAUAAUUUCCAAGAGCAGGUCACCAACGUACUGGAAGGUCAUGCCGCGUUAACGUUACGCAGUCGGUUGAGGUGUAUUAUCGUAAGGAAAGACAAAACCGAGCAAGAAAUUGCGACAUUCAGAUCGUCCCAGGAUCCUACGACUAAUAUUUUGGUCCUGAACGAAGUUGUCAUUGACCGUGGGUUGUCAUCAUACCUGAGCAAUAUAGAUCUGUUUUUGGACGGAAAGCACAUCACGUCGGUGCAGGGUGAUGGACUGAUAGUGUCUACCCCGACCGGGAGUACCGCUUAUUCCGCUGCUGCGGGAGCUUCCAUGAUUCACCCGUCGGUGCCUGCCAUUCUAGUGACGCCGAUUUGUCCACAUUCUCUUAGUUUCCGGCCAAUUGUGCUGCCAGCCGGCGUUGAGCUGAAGAUUGCACUUUCGCCGGAUAGCCGUAAUAGCUCGUGGGUAUCAUUUGACGGCCGGAACCGUCAGGAAUUAUUACAUGGUGAUAGUCUGCACGUAACAACCUCCAUCUACCCGGUGCCAAGUAUAUGCGCUCAGGAUCAGAUUGCCGAUUGGUUCGAUUCACUGGCCGAAUGUCUCCACUGGAACGUGCGCAAACGACAGAAGUGCUUGGACGAGCUGUCCGAUCUGACCGGUUCCGGCACCGAGGACAGCGCCAUCGAGGAGAUCGACCGCGGCAUGGAGAAUUUGGAAAGUUAGAUCGCGGUUGUGCUAUUCCAACAGCGCCAGCAGGGCCUCGGAUGCGCAAACGACGGCAGCGAAGCAAUCAUUCAACACUCAAUGGAGCCGCAGGAUAGUUCAUUCGAAUGUAAUCUAGAGUGGGAUCUAGCUUUGAGUUUAGCUUCGAGUUACCAAUUAAAGUUUUGAAUAGAGGUAGUCCAUUAAUCAGAAGAAUCAGAAACUGCUGAACGCUAAUAGUGAUCGUGGUCAUAAAGCUUAAGUAUGUUAGAUAAUUAAAACAGCUCGUUCCACAGAAUUAAAGAUUCAAUAGUAGGUUCUGAUCUUAACAAAACUGGUCUGGUUGUGUUGGGAUGGGUUCAUGUGGAGCUCGAGUAGCUUGUUCAUGUUUGAAGAAAAUGAAAUGAAACACGCGCUUGGGUGGAAACAAUCGAAUAUUAGUUAUGUUUUUCGUAGACGCAAUUACAAUGAGUACCCAUGAAAAUGAAAGGAGUAUUUGUGACAGAAGUGAGCUUUUUAGACGAUUAGGAUAAACAUUGUUUUCGUAUUUUAUGUUAAGACUACCAUUUUUAUAACUGUUGCAGAAACUGCACAAGCAGUCGAGUAUUGAGUGCAAGAACCGAACAAAAGCAAAUAAAGAUCGAAUGUUGAAAUUUUAGCUGUUAGGAAAAGUUGAUCUUUUCAAUUUUUAUAUAAAAUAUUUAAUAAAAAAAAUUUACCGAAACAA